GGUGGGCGCCCAGAAGCAGCUCAGUCGCCGAGCGAACGAUGGCCGAGUGAGCGCGCCUAACGCGGCCCCCAAAACAUUCGUAGAAACCGUACCAGCGCGCGCGUCUGUCCGUCUAUUCCGUCCGUCCGUCCGGCUGGCCGGCUGCCUUGUCGCGCACUCCCCCUGCCCACGCGCGCGAGUGUGUGAACCGCCUCCGCCCAUGGUGUUAUGUCGCCGCCGCCGCCGCCGUCGUCACACUCAGGUCGCAUUCGUUAAUUGAUUUUUUUUUUCUUUUUCCUUAUUCGCUGUUUUCGGCGCGUACACCGCCGACAAAGACCUUCGAACCACGGGCCACGCGAUCCCGUCGGUAUAUCGUUGACGCGUAUCAUAGUCGUCAUCAAAUAUACGACGUCCGCGGUAACGGUACACGCACGCGUUGCCGACCGUCACCGUUGCCGGAGAACGCGUGCGGGAGAUGACCAUCACCGCCGCCGGAUGAACGGUAUCGCGGCGGACGCGCUCGAUCGUAACGCGAAACGUUAGGCGCCACAGCCACCGCGUGACCGAACGGCGAGCGCGACAUAGCUAUACAGCCGUUUGCAGCGAGACACAGCCCUGGAUUCCAAUUUGCAUGGCCUAAGUUUUAAGUGGCCUCGGAAAAUGUUGAGGAAUUGUUUUUUCGAUCAAAUGAACGGGUAACGAGUGUCCAAAACAAUGAGGGGGCGGGGCCAGAGACCGAUGGAGCCAGGGUAAGCGACGGAUUUACGCGACCCAGCCCCCCCGCCCCCAACAACAUGGAUAAAUCGGAUCGCAGACGCAGGCCUUUUGCCUUUGACAAGAUGGAGGGGCUGGUCAGAGAAAUGAAAGACGAAGAGACUGGGGUGCGUGUAAAAAGUCAAAAGUUAUUUCUCACUUCGAUCCCUUCUGCUUUUGCCGGUUAUAACAUAAUUGAAUGGCUAAUGGACCGUUUAACUGUCGACGAAACUGAAGCGGUCCAUAUAGCCAAUAUGUUAUGUCAAUACGGAUACUUCUUUCCCGUAAACGACUCAAAAACUCUUACUCUAAAAGAUGACAGUUCUCUGUACAGGUUCCAAAUUCCGUAUUAUUGGCCAUGUUCACAAAAGAAUCCUGAUAACGUAGAAUAUGCGAUAUACCUAUCAAAAAGACUGCUGAGAAACAAACAACGGCAUGCCUUGGAAGACUAUGAAAUGGACUCGUUGAACAGUUUGAAAAAAAAUCUACAAAACAAAUGGGAAUUCAUUACGAUGCAGGCUGAAGAACAAGUGCGAUUGAGCAAAGAUAGGAAAAAAGGCGAAAAAAUAGUGACUGAUAGUCAAGAAAGGGCGUUUUGGAGAGUACAUCGUCCUCCUCCAGGAUGUGUCAGCGUUAUGGAACAAAUACCGAUCAAGAUAGGUGGCAGUUUUUCAACCAAAAAGAAAAGAAGUUCUGAAGAUCUCCGGAGAGAAGUUGAACUGCUAAGAAAUUGUAUAGGGAGAACAAGAGUUAAAACGUCAGUAGCUUUGGACGGCCUAGUUUCAUUUGGAGAGACAUAUAACGAGUACGACCCAUUAAUCACAGGUGCUCAGCCAUCGAACCCUUGGGUGACGGACGAUCCAACAUUUUGGACGUUCAAUUGCCCAAUGGUGGAAGCCAUAACCGAAAAGCGCAUAAAACGUUGGGCUCUAUCAAUGGAAGAUUUAGUGUCCGAUGCAACAGGUCUCUACGAGUUCACAAAUUAUCUCCGGAAGGAAUACAGUCACGAAAAUAUUAGGUUUUGGUUGGCGGUCAAUGAUUUGAAACGGAGCUGUCAGUCACAAAUCCUGCAAAGAGUCAGAGAAAUAUAUGAUGAGUUUCUUGCGCCCGGUGCUCCAUGUGAAAUCAAUAUCGACGGCAAGACGAUGGAAAGAACGCAUAAAGAAAUGAAAGUCCCGUCGAGAUUUACGUUCGACGGUGCUGCGGAACACGUGUAUACAUUACUCUUGAAAAAAGACUGUUAUCCUAGGUUCAUAAGGUCGGAGCAUUACAAAAACCUGCUAGCUAAUGGCGUCCAGCCCUCGGCCAGACGAAGAUUUUUCGGGCUGGUCGGCGGCGCUGCCAACAAAAAGGCAGAUUGCAAAGAUCGCAUAAGAAGCACCGCAGGAUGUUCAAGCACACAGGGUACGUCAUCGUCGUCGGUCUUGCAAGCGAAUCAGUCGUCGUCGUGUAGCAGCGCAAAGCGAAGGGGCAGCGACAGGAGCCUGACCAGCUCACCACACGAGCUUCCAAUAAAUUCUGUUAAAGUCUCGCAAUCCCAUAGUCAAUCUAAUCUCAGUGACAUACCCUAUAGGGGAGAUUUACCUUGCACACCUUCCUCUCCAAGUUCCAACCAAGAUAACCUUAGCGGUUGCGUGGAGGAAUGCGGCGAACCGCAGCUACCCGCGACGAUGGCGGACGACGUGUGUCCGUGGGACGUGGCCGACGGUGGCAGCGGCGGCGACAAGAACAAGCGGCCGCUGCCGGCGUCCAUAGCCGAAGAACGCGAGCGCCGGCUGUCCACGUCGUCGUCGCGCAAAAACUCGGGCGGUGCGGCGUACGAUUCGGCGGCGAGCGCGGACGAGAGCCAAUCCGAUUCGGUGGCCAGCCGUCUGCGGCGGAGCUGCGGUCUGGGCGGCGGCAGCAGCAUGGACAGGCGCCGCGGGUCGUCGGCCGCGUGCACGCCGCAACAGACGAUCGACCGGCCGUCGGUGUCGUCGGCCGAGGACUUUGACCUCGGACCGUCACCCGAGAGCAGGUCGCCCGAAAAGCAGCCGUCAACGUCACCACACGAACCGGCCGGGGCCGCGUCUUCACUGGACGACAAGUCGAAUAGAAAAAAGCUGCUGAAAUCACUGUCGUUGGCGAGGAAACAAAGCGUGACGCCCGUCAUUAACGUCAGCUCGGUGGACAGGGACAACGGGUGCGACCGGACCGCCGCGGACGCUGUAGACGAAACGGCGGCCGCCACGUCCACGGUAGCCGAGGGCGUCACCUCCACCGCCGUUACCGGACCUGGUUGCGGAGGCGGUCACCCACCGGAAACUGUAGCUUGCUGCAGUGGAGCGGAGGCGGCCACGGCGACAGCGACUGCGGCUGCGUCCAUCAGUGACGGAAACGACGUGUGUCCGUGGGAAGACGAACACAACCAAGAUAAAGGCGGCCGAUUUUUAAAGGUAUACGAGACCUACGGUUUUCUGUGAACGUUUUUCGCCAAACCACACAUUCCAAAUUCUAUUAUACGUUGUGUAAAUAUACGCCUACAUUUUACUACUUCUCGUAUAUAUUAUAUAUAUAUAGUAUAAAAUAUAUAUAAUAUAGCGUUCUAUCUUAAUAUAUAAAUAAUAAUAUUUAUUCAUCGCCAAACGAAUGUUAUUUUUUUUUAUAUUUACUUACGCGUGAUAAAGUAUUAUGUAAAACUCAAUAAAAAAAAUACCCAGUCGAAUUUUUCAGACUCGGUCUGUACGUUCAAUGUUUGUUUAGUUUAUAAUAUAUACAUAUAUAUAUAUAUUAUAUUCCAACGAUAAUCGUAAUUUUUAAAUGUAAUAAUUAUUAUAAUAUUUAAUACAUAUUACGCGAUCGUAAAAGUACCUAUAAAUAAUGCAAUAAGCAUUUCGUUAAAAUGCUGUAGGUACAACACACGACACGACGCGAGUACAACACACAACCAAUAUAGUAAUUUAUUCGGUGUUUAUAUAUAAAUAAUAAAUAUACAUACAAGUGUAGGUACCUUAUAUAUGUAUAAUGUAUAUCUAACAGCUAAAACGUACCUAUGUAUUUUAUAAUUAAGCCAAUAAUAAUUAAAAAUUAGUUACGAAUUGUACAUCGUAUUGUAAUAUCUAAUAAUUUUUUUUAGUAUACUUUUUUCGAAUAAACAAUUUUAUUGAUUUACUACUAUAAACGAUUACGUGUACAGCAAUAUCACAAUUUAUAUUUUAUUCUAAUCAAUUUAAUUCGAUUUUAUACUAAAAUAGAUUCUUAUUAUGUCGAUCAUCGAUAUCUUGAAUUUCCGUUAUUUCGAACUAAAUUGAAAUCCACUUGAAAUUACCAUUACAAUAAAACUAGAUAUUUCGAACUUUGUUCUGUUCCCCUUGAGAUUUGACACAACGACAGUUUACUUUAUUAGUGUAUUCAAUUAACGUAAUAUAAUAAUGUCAUCAAAUUCCAUUAUAUUAUUUUCAAACAUUUUUAUCUGGUACUUGUUUGUAAGAAAUACAUUUUUAAUUCAUAAAUAACUAAAAUUAAACAGUAUAAAAACGAGAGCCAAAACUGUUAAUUCUUAACGAAAAUAAUGAUGAUAUUUAUAUAAUCCAUGCGGUUGCCAAUAGAAAUAAUGAAAAAGUAGCAAAUUAUGUUUAGUUCCUAUUACGAUUACAGCCGUUUUAGAUAAUAUUUACAUUUUACAUUCUACAUGCUAUUGUACGGAACCAAUUAUAAGAACCAUAAUAUAAUACAAUAUUGUGGACCAAAAAAAAACCUAUUCAUCAAUGAUUUGUAGUUUGUAUUAGAACAAACACUUAUUUAAAUAAAAUAGCCUACGAACUUAAACCUUAGGUUCUUAAAAGUAGUCUAGCUAUAAUAAAAUCAAAAACUGAGUACAGUUGAGGUUGAGUAAAUUGAGCCCAUACUCAUUUCAACUCUAUUUAGUUUUAUAUAAUCAGUUAUUUGACAAACUCAAACACAAAUACAAUUUAAAUUUGAUAUUAUAGCAAUGCUUUUCAUAUUAUAUUAUUAUAUUAUAAUCUUCGUGUUAUUUAAUGUUUUGCCACGUUUUACGUGAAAAAAAAUCAUGGGGAAUUAUUAUAUUAUUAUAGGUAUACUAGAUUAUUUACACUGAUCGCAAAACUCACACAAUAUUAUAUUAUAACAUACUCUUACACUACGUUUUGGCUUAUAUUAUCCAAAGUGAUUAAUUAAACACAUUUUAUUAUAAUCUAUCUAAUAUCGAUAUAUGUAUUAUAUAUCAAAUAUACUUAAUAAUUAGGUUUUUAGAUUGAUAUAAUUAAUACUUUAAUACUUAAGCGUAUGUUAUUUUAAUAUCAUAAUUAUUUACUUAUUUAAUAUAUUAAUAAUAUAUAUUAGUAUAUCCUAUAUAUUAAUGUGUUAAUUAUACGAAUAUUUUGGAUAUAGAUACAAUAUGUAUUUAUAGUUAAGUUAUUAGAAUAAACGAUAUACUAUAGUAAGUAUUUAAGCAUAGCAUUUGAGUUUGAGUUUGUCAAAACACAAAUUAUUUCCAAAUCAAGUUUUUCAGACUUAAGCCUUUUUUCGUCAUAUAAAAUACAACAUUUCUUAUACGAACUUAUUCUACUACGGAUUCACACUAUGACAUGUAUUUUUAGUUUAUUUAUUUAAAAAAAAUGAAUUAUACAUUUAAUAAGUACCAGUGUUAAAAUGUUAUGAAUUUGUGAAUAUAAUUAUCUGUAAAAAAAAAUUAUUUAUUUAUUUAUUUGAUAUUUUGUUUUCUAGUUAAACGGUUUUUAUUUAGUAAAUGUAAGUGCAAAUAUUUUAUUAUAAACUAUAAUUUAAGUUAAAAUUGUGAUAAAUUGUUUAUGGAAUUUUUAAGAUUCAUGUAAUAGUUCAUAGAUAUAAAUAACGUAUUUAUACCAAAUAAAAGAUAUUAUAUUAUAAAAUACAAAAUUUUUGUAAUGCGCAUACCAUUUUAAAUGGAUUUGUAGACACAAAAUUGUGGUUGUUCAAUAAAUGUAAAUUUAAAACUUAAACAAAUCGUAAUAUGCACAAACUACAUACCUAGAUAUGUUACUUAGGUUGCAUAUCUUGAUAUAAUCGUCAAGUAUACAACGUCAUUCUGUACGAAGUUUUAAAUACCUAGCCUAUUUACUAUUUAGGAGGAAAUAUAUUUUAUUUUAGUUUACAUAUUUAUUAAUGUCUUAGAUUUAGUUACGAUAGUGAUCAUAGUUUGUAGGUAUAAUAAAAUAUUGUACCUAUCAACUUAUUAAAUAAAUUAAAAAAAUACUUAUUGUGAAA